UUUAGUUUUACACUAUGGAAGAUCUUAUUAAUAGAUUCGCUGUCCCGAGUGACUCAGUCACCAAAUUUUUGGUAAAUAAGGCAGAUCAUAACGUUGUUCCAUUGUAUUUUGUGGAGAAUGAGGUUACUAUACACAACAACAUUGCUGAGAUCAGGUUUAUUCAGUAUUAUUUUAACAAGGAAGAAGACCCAAUUGAAGCUCAGUAUGUGUUCCCAGUCCAUAAUGAUUGUACUUUCACAGACUUGGAGAUUAGGUAUGGAGAAGAGAUUGUCAAGGCCAAUGUCGAAGAGCGCAAGAAGGCAAAAGUCAUCUAUGAUGACGCAAUAGCUCAAGGCAAAACUGCUGUAAUGGGGAAACAAACCUUAAAUUCUGAAGAAUUGAUUGGAAUUGACAUUGGUAAUCUUCCCCCCAGAAGUGAGGUCAUUGUUGUGUGCACAUUCCAUCAAGUUAUGCAAGUCGAUGAUUGAAGUUGGAAGCUUCAUAUUCCAUCUAAAAUAAUGCCAAGGUACAUGGGAGAUCUUGCUGAGUAUGUAAAAACAGGCAAGCAUCUAAAAGGGAUGGUUGAAGAUCUUUAUAACAAUACUCCUGAAGAUAGGGUAGAGAUCCUAUCUGAGCAGGCUGCUUCUUACUACAACUCCCCAACUUUCAAUUGGAAGAUUACAGUGAAAAUCAACUCACAGAGUCCAAUCCACAGGAUCAUCAGUAGAAGUCAUGAUUCCUUUAACAUGAAGAUUGAUUUCGAUGAUGAGGGCAAUACAAGAGCAACCAUACAGUUUGAAGAAGAGGAACAUAUGUCCUUCUUUGACAAGGACUUCAUCUUGAUGUACCGAAACAAUGAAAUCAACAAGCCAAUGCUGCUCAUCCAGAAGAGAGACAAAGAAUAUGCUCUCAUGGUAUCCAUGCUUGCUGAUAUAAAUCCAGAUCAAAAAUGGAAGUUAAAUGAAGAAGAGAAAAUACAUGAAAUAGAUCUUGAUCCAAAUGUAUUCUAUGAAGAAGAAUUUGAAGGAGACAUGGAGCCAGCAGAAUUCAUAUUCCUUCUCGACAGAAGCUACUCAAUGACAGGAAGGCCAAUGGAAACUGCAAAGAGUUCUCUGAUUUUGUUCUUACAUAGUCUUCCUCCAGGUUCACAGUUUAAUGUUAUAUCAUUCGGCAAUGAUUAUGAGACUAUUUUUGAGUGCACAGUGCCUUACACUCAAGAAAACAUGGAAUAUGCAACUUCAAGAAUCAAGGCUUUUGGGGCUGAUAUGGGAGGAACUGAGAUCUUAAGACCUUUGAGGCAUAUAUUUGACAACAAAUCUGACACAGAUUUACAAAGACACGUGUUCUUACUUACUGAUGGAGCAGUUUUUGACCCUAAAGUGUGUGUUAAAUUGAUCAGUCAGAAUUCUAACGAAUUCAUUGUCCAUACCAUUGGUAUUGGAAAAUAUGUCAGCACACAAUUAAUCAUCGAAUGAGCUGCUGUUGGAAAUGGAGGGUACUACUUCGUCUAUGAUUAUGUUGAAGACUUAGAAGAUACAGUAAUUGAAAGCUUAUGCAAAUGCUUUGAAGAUAAAAUCAAAAUAAUUGCCAAAGAUCUUUCAGUCAAUUUCAGCAAGAAAGAUGAGUCCCCUAGUUUAGAAUCGAUAGCUUCUAGAAUCCAUAAUGGAAAAUAUUUUACUUACUUCUGCAUUCUUGAGGGAAAGGAAGAAGAGAAGCUUGAAGGAACACUCUCAUUUGACUUGUCAUCAAAGUUAGAAGGGACUCAAAAAUAUUUAUUUGACUUAGAGAAUGAUGUCCAAAUAAUUGAAGGAGAUUCCAUAUUCAAGAUGUUUGGAAACAGCAAAAUUAAGGAGCUUGAAGAUAAUGAAGGCAGCUGUUAUAAAGCUACUCAAUAUGCAAUUGAUUAUCAAAUUCCAAGCAAAUAUACUUCUCUAAUUGCUGUAAAGAAACUCAUGGCUGAUCCCUCUGAAAAAUAUUCGAGGAUGGUUAAAUAUGUCAAAGAAGGUCCGAUAGGUUUUAGCAUCAAGACUCUUACAGGGAAGAUUCUGAGAUUUACUGCCAAUUCUGAUCUGGAUAUUGGAAGUCUCAAAUGAGCGAUAGAAAGAAAUGAAGGAAUCCCUCCAGACCAACAAGUUAUCGUUUACGAUUCAAUACAAACAGAAGAUGACGAAACGCUUGGAGAUUAUGGAGUCCAAACAGGAGACAUGCUAUACCUGCUCCUCAGAUUGAGAGGAGGUGGUGAAAAACUAACCGAUAGUGCUCCUGGAGCAGAUUCUGAUUGGCCAUUAGGAGAUAGCACUUAUAAAGAAUUCGUAGAGAUUCAGCAUGUUAAUGGAUCCUGGGAUUACAAAGUACUUGACCUUGUUGGACUCACAGAAGACCAAGUUUAUGAUGCAGCUCCUGAAAACAUUAAGAAUCUUGGAGAUAAAGAGAAAGUUCUCACUAUCAUGCUAACUUGGAUUGGAAUUAAUAGAAUCAAAACCUUAUUUCCAGAAAAGCAGAAAUCAUUGAAACUAGUAGUAAAAAAGGCUAUAACCUUUAUUACAGCCCAAACAGAGCUAUCCGUCACCUACGAUGAUAUAAAAUGCUCUCUUUUCUAA